AUGGAUUAAGGCUAGAAAGAAAAGGAAUCUUAAAGCGAUGAAUAGUUAAUAGAUAAAUUUAAGGAAUAGAUGGAAUUCUAUUUGAAAGAAAUAAAUUUAAAUUAAAAGAAAGAAAAAACAGCUGUUAUUUUAUUUGGUAAAACAAGAGUUGGAAAAUCAACAAUUUAUCAUAUUUUAAAAGGUGAUGAAUUAGCUGAAACUAAGACAGAAACAUUAGAAGUGAAAACUGUUGAAGAAUCGUUAAUUGGUUAGAAGGGUGAUUCUAUGACCAAAACUCCAAAUAUUUAUAGUUUAUCUUAAGAAAUAGAUAUUAUAGACACCCCUGGAUUUGAUGACAAUCAAAAUCGCUUAGAUGAUUUAACUCCUUAAAUUUAAUUAUUAGAAUUAUUAAAAUCUUAUAAAAAUAUAAUACUAUUAAUUGUUAUUCACUUUUAGAUGAAUAAUCGCGAAUGCUAUAGAUAACCUUUAUUUUUAGCUGAAAAUUUAUUUAAUAGUAAAGAAGAAAUUAAUACUAUGUUUAACAAUAAUAGAAUUUGCUUAAUUGUAAACCAAAUUAAGGAUUGGUAACUGAAUAUGCUUAAUGAAUGGUUAGUUAAGGAAAUUAAUUAAGAAGAUAACCCAAUAUAGAAAGCUAAUAUAGCAUAUUCUGUGUCAAAAGAAUUUUAUUAAAGGCUCAAAAAUAUAAUAUUUGAUUUAUAAAUUUUACCAGAAAAGCAUUAAUAAGAAUAAUUCAAAAAUAACAUCCAUGAUUUUAUUAAAUAAAAUAGGGAUCAUGAAAUAAGUAUUAAUUUUAAAUUGAGCAUAACCGAAUAAGCUGUAUUAUAACUUUAAAAGAUAUUAAUUGGAAUUAGAGAUAUUUUUUAAGUUGAAAUAGACUAAUCUAUUACAAAAUUCAUUUAAAAAACUUAAGAAUUAGAUGAAUUAUAGAAAAAAAGAGAUUAAUUAAUGCAAUUCUGCUAAAUUAUAGAUUAUGAUAUCCCAAUGUUAUUUUUAAAUAAAUUCUAUUAUUAAGAUUUAACAAAAUAUUAUACUGCAUUAAAAUAUGAGGAAUGCAAAUCAACAAAGCUUGAAGAACUCAGAUAUUUAUUUGAAUAGAACAUUAUAGAGAAUUUGUUGUAAUGUUUAAAAGAAAUAUAAAUAGAUCUUAGAUAAUUUAAAAUAUCUAACAAGAAUAAGAAAUAGGAAGUUUGA